GGGGAGAAAUUUGGCCCCUUUGCAGGGGAGAAGCGAAUGCCGCAGGACCUGGAUGACAACACAGACUGCAGGCUCAUGUGGGAAGUACGUGGGAGUAAAGGUGAGGUCCUUUAUAUCCUGGAUGCCAGCAAUCCACGCCAUUCGAAUUGGCUGCGUUUUGUCCAUGAGGCUCCGUCACAGGAACAGAAGAACCUGGCAGCCAUCCAGGAAGGGGAAAAUAUUUUCUAUCUGGCUGUGGAAGAUAUUGAAACAGACACAGAACUUCUGAUUGGGUACUUGGACAGUGACAUGGAAGAAGAGGAGGAGGAAGAAGAAGAAGUAACUGUUAUCCAGGAGGAUGAAGACAGUGGAAACAAUAAGGAAGUGCCACCAGCUGGUGAAAAAAUUGCAGAUCCCCUCACGUGUAAAGAUGACCACGCGUGCCCAAACUGUGAAUCGAGUUUUGCCAGCCAGGAGAUUCUAGCUGAACAUCUUCAGACUUUGCACCAAAAACCCAGUGAGGAAAAAGAAUUUAAGUGCCAAAACUGUGGAAAGAAAUUCCCUGUUAAACAAGCUCUACAAAGACAUGUACUUCAAUGCACAGAGAAUAUCAGCCCAGGAGACUCUUCGAGAAGUUUUCAGUGCUCUGUUUGCAAUACUUCCUUCAGCUCAGAAUCGAGUUAUGAACAGCACAAGGAGGCGUGCCGAGGGGAUGCCAGAUUCAUAUGCAAGGCAGAUAGCUGCGGGAAGAGGUUCAAGAGUAAGGAUGCCCUGAAGAAACACAAAGAAAAUGUUCACAGUGGAAAUUCUAGGAAGAAGCUGAUGUGUUCAGUGUGCAAUAAGAAAUGUUCCUCAGCAACAAAUCUCCAAGAGCAUCGAAAG